AUGAAGGGCCUUGAGGAGUGGCUCGCGUCCUCUUCGACGUCCGCGUCGUCCGAGGCCUCAAACAACGCAGGCACCGUGAGCGUUCCGCGGGUGCAGGGAGGCCACGGCGGGGAGGUGCCAGGCGUCACGGAUGCUCGCGCACGUCAUGAGAUGCGAGAGCGCAUGCGCGGCCUGUUGGGUGAUAGUGUGGUGAAGGCUGUCGUGGCGGAAACGAGUGUCGGAGGGGAGCUCUCGGCACCGCAGUCGGUCAGCACCGCCGACAAAAAUCGUGCAGAGGGAGGGAACCAUACCGGCAGCGAUCAGAGUGGUGAAAGACAUCAGAACAGCAACGGCAAAAACAGUGGAGAUGGGACUAACAGUUAUACGCCUCCGUUGUCGUCAGAGUAUUGCCGUGUUGAAGUGAUGGUUGUCGAUCGUGGAACCCAAACAACAUCAACUACCGCUUGUCAAACAGACCCUGUGGAGGAUUAUGCACCCCGCAUCGGAUACCCACUAACUGCUUGCUGUACUUGUAGCUGCGGAAGGCGGUUCCCUGGGGAACGGAUGCUGCGUGAGGAGUACUUGGGGGAGGCGACGCCGGUUCGCUUCAGGGAACAAUUAGAUAUGAUAAAGAACUCCAUAGACAUGUUGAUUGCACGCUACAAUCUGCCACCGCCUCCGUUGCCUCGUGUAUAG